AUGGCCAGCUACAGCUUCGGGCAAACUACUUCUGUUUCAGGGGGAGCUGGUGGAUCCUCGGUCCGCUUUGGGAGAGGCUCCUUCAGGGCUCCAAGCAUCCAUGGGGGAUCUGGAGGCAGGGGUGUGUCAGUCUCUUCUGCCAGAUUUGUCUCUUCUGGCCUAGGAAGCGGCCUGGGUGGUGGCUAUGGGGGCAGCUUCAGCAGCAGCUUUAGUGGCAGUUAUGGUGGUGGGCUGGGUGGUGGUGAUGGUCUCCUCUCAGGAAACGAGAAGGUGACUAUGCAAAACCUGAACGAGCGCCUUGCCUCCUACCUGGACAAAGUGCAUGUACUGGAAAGGCAGAACUCUGAUCUUGAAACUAAAAUCCAGAACUGGUACCAAAAGCAAGGACCAGGCCCAGCUCGGGACUACAGUGCUUAUUACGAGACUGUGGAAGACCUUCGAGAGAAGAUCCUCAAUGCCACCACCGACAACUCGAAGAUUGUCUUGCUGAUUGACAAUGCCAGGCUAGCUGCUGACGACUUCAAAACCAAGUUUGAAGCGGAGCAGAACCUGCGCCAGGGCGUGGAGGGCGACAUCAACGGCCUGCGCAGGGUCCUGGACGAGCUGACCCUGGCCAGGGCUGACCUGGAGAUGCAGAUCGAGAACCUGAAGGAGGAGCUGGCCUACCUCAAGAAGAUCCACGAGGAGGAAAUGAGUGCCCUGGGAGGACAAGUCACUGGCCAAGUCAACGUUCAACUGGACUCUGCUCCAGGCACUGACCUCUCCAAGAUCCUGGCUGAUAUGAGAGACCAGUAUGAACACAUAGCUGAGAAGAACAGGAAGGAUGUCGAGGCCUGGUUCCACAACAAGACGGAAGAGCUGAACCGUGAAGUCGCUGUCAACACCGAGCAACUGCAGAGCAGCAGGACCGAAGUCACCGACCUGAGACGCAGCCUCCAGGGGCUGGAAAUAGAGCUCCAGUCCCAGCUCUCCAUGAAAGCGGGGCUGGAGGGCAUGCUGGCAGACACGGAGGAGCGGUACAGUGCCCGGCUGGAGCGGUUCCAGGCCCAGAUCAACGUCCUCGAGGCGCAGCUGGCGGAGCUCCGCACUGACAUGGAGCGCCAGAACGGCGAAUACAAGAUCCUCAUGGACAUCAAGACUCAACUGGAGCAAGAGAUCGCUACUUACCGACAGCUCCUGGAAGGCCAGGAGUCCCAGAUGUUUGGCUCCCCUCCUGCAACUGCCGACAAGACAGACAAGGUGGCAGAUGGGAAAUAG